AUGGUUAAUUGUUGUUUCGUGCCAGGGUGUAAUACUGGUUAUGCUUUAGAUGUCGAACAUCAAAAAAAAAUUGGAUUAAAAAAUAAAAGUUUGUUUAAAGCACCCAAAAACACAGAGCUUUUAGCAAGAUGGCAUAGAGCUAUACCUAGGAAAAACAAAAUGCUCACAGAAAAGUGUUAUGUGUGUGAAGUGCAUUUCAAAGAGAAUGAUAUUCUAAUUUAUGAUGAGACUAUCUUAAAUGAUGGAACAGUCAAUAAAAUUAAAAGAAUUAGACCCACAUUAAAAUCUGGGGCAAAAAAACCUCCUCUCGAAAGGUCUAUAAAUAGCGAUAAAAAGAGAUUUAAACCAAGUCAGGCAUAUUUAAAUACAGUUGAAAAUUCCCACGAAGAAUUUUCAUUUCAGUAUUUAAAAGAAAAUCUGAAUCUAUUCGAAAAACCAGAUAAUAAAUGGAUGUUUGAAUUAACUGAUGAUGAAGUAGUGCUUGCAAUAUGGAAUAGUGGAUCUGAAAAAAGAAUAAUAAUUUCAAAUGAUUUAAUAGUAAAAUGGGAAAAUGCUGUAGAUGUUGAAGAACCGGAGCAGUUCAGGAAAUUAUUCAUUGGUGGACUUAACUUUAGAACCACAAAUUAUUCAUUACAAGAAUUUUUCGAAAAGUGGGGCGAUAUUGUCGAUGUAGUCGUUAUGAAAAAUCCUGUGACAAAAAGAUCACGAGGAUUUGGUUUUAUUACAUAUUCAAAAGCUUCAAUGGUAGAUGAUGCUAUGGCCAAUAGACCUCAUAAAAUUGAUGGCCGUGAAGUAGAAACAAAACGUGCUGUCCCUCGUGAAGACAUAGACAAACCUGAUAUAGCUUGGACUGUAAAAAAAAUGUUUGUGUCUGGAAUUAAAGAACAAGCUGAAGAAGACUUAAAACAAUAUUUUGGACAGUAUGGAAAUAUACUUAACAUUCAAAUUAUUGCAGACAAAGAAACUGGACAACGUAAAGGCUUUGGAUUCAUUAAAUUUGAUGAUACAGACUCAGUUGAUAAAGCUGUUUUAAUCAAAACCCAUGAAGUUUCUGGAUCUAAAUUAGAAGUUAAAAAAGCUGUCAGUAAAGAUGUAGCAUCGGCUUCUAGUGGUCGGAGAGGUGGCGGUGGUGCUAGUGGUGGAAGAGGACAAAGUUGGGGAGGACCAAAUAACUGGGGAGGUAACUAUUUUGGGGGAUAUGGCAAUGGAGGCAGUAGUGGUGGUUGGGCUCAAGGUGGUCCUCAAGGUUGGAAUAAUGUUUGGGGUAGUCGAGCUACCCGAGGAGGUUGGGGUAAUAGAGGAGGUAAUUGGGGAGGUAGUCAAAGUAGUGGAUAUGGAGGUGGACCAAUGCAAGGAAAUUUUGGUAACAACAGAGCAGUACCAUAUCAUACAGGCCGUGGAGGUAGUGGUUAUUUCCAUCAAAAUUCAAGAGUGUGGUAUUAA